AUGACCGUCUCACUAGACACCCCUCAAAAUGGCACCACCACACCCCAAACUCCAGCCCACAACCCCUCCCACGAAGAGCACCAAUACCUCAACCUAAUCCGCCAAAUCCUCGCCGAAGGCGAACACCGCCCCGACCGCACCGGCACAGGAACACGCUCCAUCUUCGCCCCGAACCCCAUGCGCUUCAGCCUCUCCAAGCCCGACCCCUCAAACCCCUCCGCAAAGAUCCCCGUCCUUCCCCUCCUCACCACAAAGCGCGUCUUCCUGCGCGCCGUCCUCGCCGAACUCCUCUGGUUCAUCUCCGGCUCAACAUCCAGCAUUCCUCUUUCCGAAGCAGGAAUCAAAAUCUGGGAUGGGAACGGAUCGCGCGAGUUCCUUGACAAAGUCGGGCUCGGACACCGCGAAGUCGGUGACCUCGGACCCGUCUAUGGGUUCCAGUGGCGCCACUUCGGCGCCGAGUAUGUCGACGCGCAUGCGGAUUACACGGGGCAAGGCGUGGACCAGCUCGCGGAGGUUGUGAGGAAGAUCAAGGAGACGCCGUUCGACCGCCGGAUUAUCAUGAGCGCGUGGAACCCGGCGGAUCUGAAGAAGAUGGCGCUGCCGCCGUGCCAUAUGUUUGCGCAGUUCUACGUUUCCUAUCCGGAGGGCAUUGAGGACGGGAAGGGCAAGGGGAAGGGCGAGCUGAGCUGUCUGUUGUAUCAGCGCAGCUGUGAUAUGGGGCUGGGCGUGCCGUUCAAUAUUGCUUCUUAUGCGUUGCUCACGCAUAUCAUUGCGCAUGCGACGGGUUUGAACCCGGGCAAGUUGAUUCAUACGAUGGGCGAUGCGCAUGUUUACCUUGACCAUGUGGAGGCGCUGGAGGAGCAGUUGACGCGUGAGCCUACUGAGUUUCCUGAGCUGAAGAUCAAGAGGGAGGACCGCGGGAGCGGUGUUAUCGAUGGGUGGAAGGAGGAUGAGUUUGAGGUUAUCGGGUACCAGCCCCAUAAGGCGAUCAAGAUGAAGAUGAGUGUUUAG